UCCAACCGUCAGCAAAUCAAAACAAGCAGAAGAAGUAUGCAGCGGGACGUUACGAGUUGAAAAUGCACCCGAUUUGUACGCGUUUGGGUUUUCUAGCUGUGAUUCCUUACAUUGUUCCAUUGUUUUUUUAGAACAAUGGUUCCAGGCAGCGUUAGUUAAACUCUGUGUGACACUCGGGCGUCGCGUUGUGAGGAGUUAGCUUUCGGCUAAACUGCUAGCUAGCUGCGGCCUCGGGAGUAACUUCUCGUUAGUGUCCGUAGCGAGGGGCUGGAUGCCUGCUGCUCGGGCUCUGGUGGACUGUGUCGUGUUGUCUCUGCAGACCGCUUGUGUGUUUUAUCCGAGCUGCAAAGACUGCUUCUCAAGGAUCGAAGUUGAGCAGCGGGACACGACGAGAUGCAGAUGCUUCAAGUGUGGUUACAGCUGUCCGAGGGAACAGGCAGAUUACAGAUAUCGUCUCUCACUGAAAGUGACCCGCAACAGCUGCAUUUUUGGAUUAACUGUAUUCGGAACGUGCUUGAACCCAUUCUUUGGUAUUCAUGCAAAGGGUUUGCAGAGGUUGGUGGAGAACUCUGAUGGAGCAUCGAGGAGAUCCACAUUGCUGAUGAAGGCUGUUGAGGAUUGUUUCAUUGGCAGACAUUUCAUCUUCGGUAUAAAGGUACCUGAAAAAGAAAGUCUGCCUUGGGUAGGAGCGCCUGUUGCGAAUGGGUCCAGCAGUAAAGAAACUGUCCACUUCAUUGCCACUGAGAUGAUUCUCCCCAACGCUACAGGCUUGGGAGGCUGCACAGUGGUCAGUUAUUACCGGAUGCUUCUUCAGAAAGCGACAGAAUAUGAGCUGGCAUCCACUGAUUCCAGCAAAACCUGCGGACCCCCAGCAGCAACCCUACUGCUGAUUCCUCACCAUUAUCCAUCCGGCAGCUUCAAUCAUUCCAGACUUUCUGCCUCAGAUCUUCUGUCCCACUCCCCGCCAAGUUCACAGUGCCAAGACGGCACCCUUUCCCCCACCCCUCCAUGGGAACAGUCACUUGGGCUGGUUACCUCAUCAGCAGAGCAGGAGGAAGGCUGCAGCCUGCUGUCUGGUGGAGAUGGGAUCGGCCGACGGACAGAAAACCAAGAAGCGCGACCCUGUGCUCUGAGAGGCUGCCCCAAGGAUCGUGAAUUCAAAGAGGAGAAAGCGCCGUCCCCUCCUCUUUCUUUGGGGUGCAGUACUCCCAGCUGUCCAUCAUUUUCCAAAUACGAGAAAGAUGUUGAAAACACGUCCGUCCUGAACACUUGGAUCAGUCCCCCCCUACGUGGCCACAACCUCUCCAAUGAGUGGGGGUUUUCUACCAGACGACCCGCCCACACAGUUUUGUCCAGCUCCUUGGCCUGGGGAGAUUUGCCUUUCUCAGAGAGUCUUUCAGAGUAUUUGUGUGAGGAGAACAACCAUCUUGACAUAGUUGUUGCAACAGAGCCACAUCUUAACGACCUGGAAAUCAGUUCACAACACAGUCGAUUUUUAUGCAAAUCAAAUUCUGUCUUUCAAAGUAACACACAGAUGACAGACAGCCAAUCACAGAUAUCACUAGAAAUCACCAAUAAACCUGUACUGAAUGGAGGGCACAGGCGUGAUUUACCUGACCAGAUAUACAAGACCCCCCAAUGGAUGUGCAUUCAAGAGUCAGGACAAAUUAGUUUUUACCCAUGAGUGUAAUCGGCAAGAGGAGAAGGCUGCUUGGUCUUCUGGAAAUGAAGAAGAGCAGCUUGAAGGUGAUAUCUACAACUGUUCGGCAGACCUAUUCGGUAGCUCACUACUUUCCGAAAUGACGACAAACAAACUCCGCACACAUGCCAAAGGUGUCAGGGCGACCACAGAAGUUGGCUCGCUGCUUCCCAAAGCUAACGAACAAUCCCGGAGGAGCGAGAGGGAUUCUCUUUCAACACCAAACAAACAGAAACGGAAGAGUAAAAAGCACAUUAGCAGAGACAGUUUAUUAGCAACAGACAAACAAGAAGUGGAUUUCAUCCCUCCCACCCAGUCCACGCCCAUUGUGAAAGUCUCACGCUCACCUGCCUCCACACACAGAGACUCCACAUUGACCAAAAUCGGUUUACGAGCCGAUGGUCACGAAUCAUGUGCUUUCUACAGAAACCUGCCUGAAUCUGUGCCGUCAAAUUCAUGCACCGCUCCUCUUUGUGAAUUAAACUGUGUCGGCGCUGCUCAGCGGUCCCAGUAUGGCAGAGAGUCUAUAAAAGAGAACCUGGAUUGGAAAAAUACUUCCAGCCGACACAGUCACAGACUUACUGCUGAAAGGGGCCGCUGGAAACCAGGGCAGCAUAAAAACCCUCUGCUGACUCAGAAGCACCCGAGGGUCCAGAGAGGGACCCAAAACACUGUGUCAAUCAGAAGCAUCAACCACAAAUGCUACUCAAGUGAUUGUGACGUGAAUGAGGAUGGUGAGGUAAUUAUUCCCCCGACCCCUGUUCCUGAAACGCGACCGAAGCCCAGAAGAAGAAGAAGAAGGAUGCAGGCUGGAGACGGCAGCAGUCCUUUAGAUUACGCUAAGAAAGUAUAUUGUAAAAAAACUCUGUUAGGAACUUUCACAUCAUCACAGGGAGGUCCGGCUCAGACCGAACAUUGCGACAGUAAGGCGGUUGAGGAGGGGAUUCAGGACGGAUACUGUUGCCACCUCCUCGAGGAUAAUAACGAGCCCUGUGAUUGGUCAAGAGAUCUUUUCUCUGACUCAAUCUAAGGUUCUGUGUCACACCGGGCCUCGACACAUUGAUACAAAAAAAGAAUACUUUUUAAAAUGCAUGCCAUCUAGUCCCUCACUCUGUGCAGAAGGGUCUGAGAAUAGAUCAGAAUUAUCAAAUCGUAAACAUAGAGUUUUAAGAAACUCUGUGUGAAUCCUCCUAGUUGCACCAUCUUCAGCUAUUUGCACUUUUAUCUUAAAAAUGUGGUUUUGGCAGCAUGAGGGAGACCUGUCCUACCCUACUAUGGAAUGCCGUUUUAGUCAAAAUUAAAUAAAUGACCAAAU